UUGAAUCAAAGUUUAUCGUUUCAGGGUAGUAAAACAGCAAAAGUUGUCGAAGUUUUGAACCACGACGGCACGUUCACAUAUCAAGUCCCAUUCAUUGGAGCUAUCGUUACAGCGAAAGUUGUGGAAAUUAGCGACAAAAAUGCAAAGUGUACAGUAUUUCGGAUAGAAGACACCGAUUUACAACAAGGAGUUUCCUUUAGUGCCGUUAUACGAAAGGAAGAUAUGAGAUCGGAUGUGAAGUUAGAUCAAUUCAAAGUGCGAGAGUGCAUGCUUCCGGGAGAUUAUGUGAUAGCAAACGUCAUUUCAACAGGAGAUUCGCAUUAUUUAUUAUCAACAGCUGAUAGUAGAUUAGGAGUUGUUGCUGUUAAAAGCCCAAAUAAGAAUUUGUGGUUUCCACCUAAUUCUAGUGAAGCAAAGAGUUUAGGACCACGUAAGAUAGCUUUGAUACCCAACACAUUACCUAAGCCGACUGCUGAAGAAUCGUGA